AUGAUUGUCACUGGCGGAGAACGUUUGUCGCCAAUCCGACGCUCGUGGUUGACGAAGAUCUUUGUGGUUGGGGAUAUGGUGUCAUUUUUUGUGCAGGCAGGAGGAGCCGGAAUGCUCGUCAGAGCCAGCACAGCAGCAAAAGGCGGAAAGAUGAUCAAAGUCGGCUUGAUCAUCCAGAUUGUCUUUUUUGGAAUCUUCAUCAUCACCAGUGUCAUUUUUCACGUCAAACUUGGGAGAAACGGGUCAAGGGUGCUGCAGCAGCAGGAAGUCCCCUGGCAAAAACACCAGACCGUGUUAAACACCAGUAGUCUGUUGAUUUUCGUCCGUUCCAUCUUCCGAUACAUCGAGUACAACGAGGGACGUAGCGGGGCAUUGCUCCAGCAUGAGCUCUGGAGUUACAUGUUUGAUGCCACUCUUAUGCUGUUGGUGAUGGCCGCGUUUAACGUGGUACAUCCGGCCGAGAUUAGCCGGUUGAUAGAAGAGAGGAAAGGCAGGGAUGGGAUGGAGCUGAUUAGAUGA